AUGCCCAGACUACGACCGUAUGGACCAUCCAACUACAUCACGCACAGCCGAUCGAGGUGGACGCACCCCAACACAAAGUGCUCGUGCUGCUUUGGAUCGCCCAUCGUUAGCAUCUUGUACCGAUGCACCAUGUGCCCGUCGGUCGUGCUGUGCGAGCGAUGCCAUGCCAAGCUGGACCAUCCGCUCAUCAAGCAGGUCCGUGAAGAAGACACCGUGGCGACGGACGUGUGUGUGACGAAGGGGGCGAUCUUCCAAAACCUGAGCGCGACCCAAGUGGCGCGAGACGAGCGAGAGAGGCAAAACGCCGCGUUGGAAGCCACCCGACUGAAUGCAACGUUGGCCAAAGCCAAGCUGAUGUACGAAAAGGGCGAAGCGAUGGCGGCGGAGCGGGAAAAGGCCGAACGACUGCGGCAAAAAGUGGCCGCACACGACGACUACGACGAGUGUUUUCCCGAUUACGAAGAGAUGGACGACGACAAGAAUGACGAAGCCAAGAAGAAGAAGAAGAAGAAGGGAGACUCGGACGUGGGCGAGACAGAUCGAACAAUCAAGCUGGCGGCAGAUCCAAAGGACAAAGGCAAGAAGUUUGGUGAUGCACUAGGCGGAAAGAAGGACAAAUCGAAGCGCGAUCGAGUACCUGGUGGCUCCAACGGGCCAACCCAGUAG